AAAGUAUUGAAAUUUUUACAUAUUUUUUAUGUCCAAGUUAAUUUAAUUGUAGAAAAGCAUUUCUGAAUUUCUUGAUUUUUUAAAUACAUUUUACGAAAAAAAAAAAUUUAUUCCGAGAAAUCGAAUCUGGAACCUUCAUCACAGUAGUCAAGAAUCACGACCGUUCAACCAAAGGUCAAUUUGCAAUUCUUCUUCCGUAACGGCACUAUAGCUGCUAAAAGUAUUUGAUCUUUUUCUCGAAAAUGCUUGAACAACGGAUUCUAUCGCAGUAAAUGUAUGAAUAAAUAUUACAAUCAAAUCAAAUUCAUAAAAUCACUGACUAAACCCGAAAUCCUCUCGUUAAUGCAAUACUGAAAAAUUUUCGACGCAUGGUCGAUCGACAUCGGACAUUAUGUAUCUACUAUAACGAGAAAAAAGCAUACAGCUCGACAUGUUAGAGGAUACUUGGAGAGAGAAAGGGAACGCUUGAGAGAGAAGAAAAUAGAAGAACCUUCUCCGACUCAACCGCGCCGCAGCGUCCAGCAGCCAAGGCGACGAGUGGAGAACUAGAGUCCUAUAUAAUCAGAGAAGCGACAUUGAGGGCACGCUUGCUGAUUGGCUGACCGCGGCACCAAUCAAAACCGAGGCUAUCGGGCCCGCAGCUGAUUCCGUGUGCACCUUUUAUAAACUUAUUACAUUCGUCGUCUUUACAGAAAUCAAGAGUUUGAAUAAUGAAUAAAGAUGGUAAAAGUGUGUGAGGUAUUUGGGUGUACAACAAUCGAAAAAGAAAGACUAUCUAUGCAUAAAUUUCCUAAGAAUGUGGAACAUCGAAAUGCGUGGGUAGCUUGGAUUAACCGUUCCGGGUGGAGUCUGAAAUGUAAUAGCAGAGUUUGUGAAAUAUUUUAUAAGAUUCAUAAAAUAUUGAAACAUGCCUUCAGAUGUGUGAAUGUUUAUCACGUAUUGUCUAUUUUGUUGCAGUUGCACUUUGUUCCUGAGGACUAUGUGGAGCACACAAGAGGAAAUGGAAUUCAUCGAAGGCUGAAAACAUCUGCUAUUCCCUCAUUGCAAAUAGAGGAAAUUCAAGACAGUGAAAAUCAUUGUAAUCCAAAAAUUAUACGAAGAUUUCGACAAACCGCACAAUGUUUGAAGGAUAUAACAAAUAUCCCUAUUAUAGGUAAAGAAAAAGAGAAUGAGUAUGCAUACUGCUUGAAAAUAUUAACUUGUGAUGAACAGGUACAGGACUGUUUAGAAGUAGGAAAUACUCAUAAAGGUGAGGAAUUACGGCUGAGUAUAAGAUGGUUGAAAGAUGAACAUAGUGAUGUCACACAUGCAAUGAAAACCAUCGAUAAUGAAUCUGCAUCUUGUUCAACGCCAUCAACCAAACAUCCAUUGUUGACGAGUAGACAAACUGCAUCAUCGGCUUUAUUGCAAGAGGACAUGACAGUAUCAGUGGCACAAAAAACUUCCGACAAUGAUUGCAAUAAUCAGUUGGGUGCAAUCACUGCUGAUAUACUGGACAACCAAGAAACUUUGCAAACAAAAGAAGCAUUAUUAAAAGAACUUGAAAAAAAGAAUAAUAUAAUAGAAAGUCUAAAAAAACAAAUUGCUGCAACGGAUCUCAGUUUGCAAAAUAUUACAAAACUGUAUAAAGUGACUAAAAAAAAUUACUUCGAUGAAAAGAAACGUUUAAAGAGACUAUAAGAAUAUCAUUUUAAAAGCCAUGCAGGUGUGUCCGCAACAUUACGACCAGAUCAGAUUAGAGCGUUAAGUAGAAAGUCCACUAAUGAUGUGAAAUGGAGUCUUGCAACUAUAACAGAUGCUUUGGAAUUUAAGUUUAAAUGGGGAAUUCAUGGUUAUGAAGCUUUUGUGAAACGUGUUCCGAUUUAUCCUACUGCACGAAAUUUGCAGAGAAAGUUGCAGCAUAUACAAUUUGAUAGUAAUAUUCUAGAGGAGAUAUUUUAUAUGCUGCAAUGUGAAAUGACAAAAUUACAACCUUACGAAAAAGACUGUGUAAUAGUAAUGGAUGAGAUGGCCAUCAAGGAUGAGAAGGUGUUUGAUCCAAGUAGUAAACAGUUUAUUGGGUCUUGUACUUUUCCUACGCAUUCCGGAAUAGCCAAUAAAAUUUUAGUAUUUCUACUUUAGGUAGGCUUAACAACUCGUUGGAAAUCCACCGUGGCCUAUUACUUUACUAAAUCCACUGACUUAAAAUAUAAGGAAAGCAAUGUAAAUGCAACUGGUUCAGCAUUGAAGAAUAUUGUUCUAAACAUUAUUGAGAAAUCAGAAAACAUUGGUUUACAAGUUCAUGCAAUAGUCAGUGAUAUGGGUACGGAUAAUAGAGCUAUGUGGAAUGCUUUUGAAGUCGGUUGCUCAAGACAUCAUGUCAAUGUUUCUGUUCAACAUCCAAUUAGGGCAGAAGAUAAACUGUUUUUUAUUCCAGACCCUGUUCCCGUUUUUAAAAAUAUUGCUUGUAUGCUAAAUAGCCAUAAAGUUAUUAUUUUGCCCCAUGACAUUUGUCAAUCCGAAAAUCUUAGCUAUCUACAGGUUCACUUGCAACAUUUGGAUAGACUUCUAAACCAUGAGAACAAUUUUGAAUUAAAGAUUGCCUUUAGACUUAUUGAAACUUACUUGCACUGUCAAGAUCAAUAUAAAAAAAUGAAAGUUUCAACUGCACGAUCAGUUUUUAAUAAAAGAACUGAAGCCGCAUUGAAAAUGUUAGCCAAAA